GCAUACUAUAUGUCAUGAAAUAUUUUGUUUUUCACCAAUAGUAUGGAGCAAUACAUAAAAAACUAUAAAUUACAGUAAAAUAGAUGUGAAUAUUAAAUAAGUAGCGCAAAAACAGAGCAAAGAAAGAAAAAUAUAAUGAAGUAGUGUGUAUGGGUUCAACGUCUAUUCAGUAAUCUGAUGGCAGAGGGGAAGAAACUGUUCCUAAAAUGUUGAGAGUGCCUCUUCAGGAUCUUGAACCACCACCUCAAUGGUAACAAUGAAAAGGGUGUAUGUCCUGGGUGAAUGGGGUCCUAAUGACAAAUGCUACCUUUUUGAGGCAUCGCCUUUUGAAGAUGUCCUCAAUGGUGGGGGGGCUGAUGCCCAUAGUGGAACUGGCUGAGCUUGCAACUUUCUGCAGCUUUUUCCAAUCCUGUGCAGUGGCCCCUACAUACCAGAUGGUGAUGCAACCAGUUGGAAUGCUCGCCAUGGUAUAUCUGUAGAAAUUGGUGAGAGGUUUUGGUGAUGUACCAAGUCUCCUUGAACCCCUAAUGAAAUAUAGCUGUUAAACCUUCUUUGUAAUUGCAUCAGGAACUUGAAACUGCUCACCCUUUCCACUGUUGAUGCCUCGAUAAGGACUGGAAUAUGUUUCCUCGACUUCCCCUUCCUAAAGUCCACAGUCAGUUCCUUGCUCUUAGUGAUGUUGAAUGCAAGGUUGUUAUUUUGAUACCACUCAACCAGCUGAUCUAUCUCACUCCUUUAAGCCUCCUCGUCACCAUCUGAAAUUCUGCCGGCAAUAGUUAUAUCAUUGGCAAGUAUGUAAGUGAAGUUUGAGCUGUGCUUAGCCACACAGUUGUGGGUGUAGAGAGAGUAGAACAGUGGGCUAAGCAUAUAUCAUUGAGGUACACCAGUGUUGAUUGUCAGCGAGAUGUUAUUUCUGAUCUGCACUGACUGUGGCAUCCCACAAUCAAGGAUCCAUUUGCAGAGGGAGGAACAGAGGCCCAGGUUUUGAAGCUUGUUGAUUAGUAGUGAGGGUAUGAUCAUGUUGAAUGCUGAAUUAUGAUCAAUAAACAGCAGCGUGAUGUAAGUAUUGUUAUUGUCCAGGUGAUCCAAGGCCAAGUGAAGAACCAGGGAGAUUGCAUCACUGGUAGACCUAUUGUGGCAAAUAGGCAAAUUGAGGUGGGACCAGAUCCUUGCUUAGUAAGCAGAUGAUUCUGACCAACCUCUCAAAUCACUUCAUCACAGUGGAUGUGCAUGCAUCUGGGUGAUUAUCUUUUAGACAGCUCACCCUGCUCUUCUUCGGCACUAGUAUGAUUGUUGGCCUUUUGAAGCAGAUGGGAACUUCUUACUGCAGUAGUGAAGAUAGUAGUGAACACUCCUGCCUAUUGGUUGACACAGCUUUUCAGGGCCUGACGUUUUGGGAAGGUUCACCCUCCAGAAAAAUGUUUUGACAUCAGCUCCAAGACAGAGAUCACAGGGUCACCAGAUGCUGCAGGGAUUCAUACAGCUGUUACUUUUUCUCCCUUUUGAAGUGAGCAUAAAAGGCCUUGAGCUAAUCUGGGAGUGAAGCAUCACUGCCAUUCAUGAUGUUAAGUUUUGCUUUGUAGAAAGUAAUGGCCUACAAACCUUGCCAGAGCUGACAUGCACCCAUUUCUGUCUCUUCAAUCAGAAUAGUUUUAUUUGCUUUUAAAAUAACCUCUGUAGGUCAUACCUGGACUUCUUGUGAAGUUCUGGAUCCCUCGUCUUGAAUGCACAGAGCUAGCCCUCAGCAGACUACAAAUCUUCUGGUUCAUCCAUGGAUUUUGGUUUGGGUGUGACUAGUAUGUUUUCAAAGGCAUGCACUCAUUCACUCGCGUCUUGAUAAAGUCAGUGACAACUGGCAUAUUCAUUCAGAUCUGAAAAUGAUUCCCUGAAUAUUGUGACUUAGAUGAAGAUCAGACCACAUUUUAUGAGUAAUUAAUGCAGAAAGCUAGGUAAUUGCAGAGUUCACAAACUUUUCUUUUCUUGCAAUUGUCUGUUUAAAGGUAGGUUGAUACAACUGUGAAAUUGUCCAUUUCCGUAGAUUGAAUUUUAGGGAAGAUGUGAAGAACUUGGAGAAGGUUCAGAAGAGAUUUUCUAGAAGGAAUGAACAUGAGAUUUUUGUUGCAUGGGUGUCGCACACAGCAAUUCUGCAGUUCUACCAGCAAGAUGUUUUAUAAAUUAUCAAGUAAACUUUAUACUGCAAAAUACACAACUUUUUAAAAUAUGAUCAACAGGACAGACGAAGGAUCAUGUUGUUCCUGGAUUAAAUAAAAUUUUAAGUGGGAUUGAUAGAAAGAUCUAAAAUAAUUUUAAAAACUACACAGAGUUGAAAGAAAGAAACUCUGACUGAAAGAAGGGUAGAAUGAAUGAAAAGUGGCUUGAAAAUUUUGUACAAUGAUUGAUCUCUACAUUGUAUUUCAGGAGUAGUGGUGGAGACAAAUACAAAUGUAGCAUUUAAAAGGGAGCAGAAUAAGCUCAUGACAGUUUAUCUGCUUCCUUUUAAAUACCAUGUUUGAAUCUGUCUCCGUGCCACAUUUGAAGUUGCAAGGCUGUGGAAAAUGGCAAGCGAACUAGCUCUCUGGCUCUUGCAUGAAGUAUGGACUUUACUUUGGCCCAUCUUUGAUACCUUAGCUGUUCUGAGUCACCAUCAUCAUGGUUCAAUAGGCCUCUUACGGAGGUAAAAUCUCAGUACCUCAGUCAGUCAUUUUUGUGACCACUCGAUUCGCAGUCUUGACUGGAACAGGAUGGAGUCUGUGCCGAUCACUCAUUUACCUCUUUCGAACAUAUUCUUUUUUGAAUUUAUUGUUCUUAUGUUAUCCGUUUGGAAUGUACAUCCCUUUUUUUCGGUUAAAAUAUGAUACAAAGAAGUCCCAUCUCUCAUCUGUGGCCAACAUAGGCCCCAAUGAAACAAUAACAGCAGUUGAAAGAAGUAAAGACUAUUUAACAGUUUUAAAGGAGACCUUGAAAAAUCAUACAAACCAGAUGCAGAGUUUAAACUCUAUGCCAACGCAUGCAUGCUGCUUGUCUCCAGACUUGAUAAGAAAUGAAGUGGAACAUCUCAAAAUGGACUUCAACUGGCGUAUGAAGGAAGUUCUGGUUAAUGCAAUGUUGAGUGCCUAUUACAUAGCCUUUGUGCCUGUUUGGUUUAUAAAAAGUACACAAUAUUAUGACAAGAGGUGGUCGUGUGAGCUUUUUAUCUUGGUUUGGGUCAGCACAUGUGUAAUACUAACAAGGCGGCUCUUACCUCCACGUUACUGUGACUUGCUACACAAGGCAGCAGCACACCUGGGUUGUUGGCAGAAAGUAGAUCCUACACUCUGUUCCAAUGUGCUUCAGCAUCCCUGGUCAGAAGAGUACAUGUGGCCACAGGGAGUGUUAGUAAAACAUAAUAAGAAUGUAUACAAAGCCAUGGGAAAUUAUAAUGUGGCAAUCCCUUCAGAUGUUUCGCACUUCAGAUUUUAUUUUUUCUUCAAUAAACCAUUGAGGAUCCUGAAUAUUCUUAUAAUUAUAGAAGGACUCAUCAUCCUCUAUCAGUUGUAUUCGUUAAUACGUUCUGAAAAGUGGCAUCAAACAGUAUCUCUGGCGUUGAUUCUCUUCAGUAAUUACUAUGCCUUCUUUAAACUACUGCGAGACAGAAUAGUCCUGGGCAAAGCGUAUUCGUAUUCUGCAAGUGGGAAUUCAGAGAGUAAAGUCAACUAGAUAUUUUGUCAUGUAUCCUCCAAUAUUUGUUAAAAUGAUUAAGCUUUGUAUUUUUUGUUACUGUUGUUUUCAUGUAACUUGCAUUAAAAUAUUUUUAUAUGUCA